CUUGGAGCGGGGCACCCUGUAAACAACCGGUGACCCACAGCCAUCAGCUCUGUGCCUUACUCCAGUGCCUCAGCUCUUAGGAUCCACAGGCACCAAGUAACUAGCCCCUGGUCUCCUGCAGGGAAAAAAAUGCUGUCCAGCUCCUGCCCACUCUGGAAAACACUGUUUUUUAUAAGUUUGGCAGUGUUUCUUGCAGGUUUUACUGAAAUCAGCGCUUCUGCCCACCCAAGCGAAUGCACAACUGGAACCGUAGAAGAUCUGACUGAGCGUCUUGGGAAACAUUCAGAAUGCUUUCGUGACAUGGUCACCAAGGGUGAAAAAGCUUCAAUCAAUUUCCUUGUCUGGACACUGCAAGAAGCGCUGGGUUCCCUGCGCCCCGCUCAGCAGCAAUUUUGCAAGCAGCUACCUCCGUGCCCACUCCCAGUAGCCCCUAGAAACGGCGGGCUGGUGUGUGUCAUCAUUGACAAUACUCAGUACUGCAAACCCAUGUGCAACCAGGGUUAUGACUUUCAGUUCCUCAGAAAAAGCAGGCUAUAUGAAGUAUGUGGCAAUGCUACUGGGUUUUCCUGGACAACGCAGAUUAUUGGCGGAAAGGAACUGGCUGUUUGUAACCCCUCUGACAGCGCCAUCAGUGGAGCUAAAUCUGCCUAUUUCCCCAUGAACAGCACCUGUCUGCGCACAUUAGCCUUCACUAAAACUCAGACAGAGCAGCUAAACACCUUCGUUGAAGAGCUUGAUAAGCAAGGCAUCGAUGGCUCCAACCGUGACAAGGAGGCUGAUUGUAUCAUCUGUGGGUACUAGCGCCAAAAUGCUUCUGCCACAGACCAACCAGCCAGCUGCAAUUUGACAUGAGAAGCAGAGCAGUGAAAUCAUUGCUGAGACAUGUAAACAUACUACUUAUAAUUAGUUGAAGGACUAAAGAUCAUAGUCAUAAUUUGACCUCAGCUCUUGGGUAGCGUUAUAUAGGCUGAACCUAAUCACAUAGCUCAUGGCAGAGGUGUUUCAAACAAAGAAGAUCACUUUUAUGGCUUAAAUUUGUCUAGCUGGAAUUAAAUAAGACUUAGCGUUGUUUAAUGGAUGCAGUCAUUACUUAAACACAAUAAAUCAUCUUCUGUCAGCGGUCAUUUUUACUGAGAAAGGGCCAUAUUUUAGUUGCUUUUACAGUUGCCAGUUAAUCACUGUUGUUGCUCUGCUGACUAUUAAAGCCAUGCAAGUCACAACA